AUGUCGCAAAACUUCGACCUUGUCAAGUACAAGGAGAAGCGUCCGGGUACGGGCAGCCUGGGAACACCAAUCGAGCUCACGACAAACUUGUUCAAGAUGAUUUGCCCUCAAGAUAACAUCAAUCAAAAGUUUCCAAAAUACCUCGUGGGACUGAGCACACAAAAGAAGGCAGGAUUAGAGCCGAUCAAAACGAGGGAAGGCCGCCGACGCGCGUUUUGGUUUAUUGUUGCCAGGAAUUUGGAUACUUUCAUAAAGUUACAAAACGUGAUUUACGACGAUUUUAUCAAUUGCUGGGCUUAUAAUGGAAUUCGGCCGCCGCCCGAAGUAGAAAUUCGCUUCCGCGAAUGGAGAUUGAAAGAACAAAUGCCUGAUUCAUUAUUGAGACCCGAGAAACCAGGACAAGGCGACCGAAACGAGACUGUUGUGAUGGACAUCAAAGAGGCCACCGAUGUCUGUCGGGAUACGAGCAUCGGUGUCCAGACCGGACCUUGGGACGAAGUCCGAGCCGGCGAGGCCAUGCAGCUCGUUAAAGCGCUACUUCUCCAAAAGCAUCGAUUCGUGCCUGACGUCUGCGAAUGGGAGUGGGACGUAAAUCAUCCAAGUACGCCCAAAGAGACCUCCGAUUUUUGCACAUUGCUAAGGGAGCUUGGUGAAUUGUUCUACGCACAUCAAAAUUCAAUCUACCGCGUUCCAAAGAAUCCCACCACGUAUCCCGGCUUUGACGCAAUUAUCACCCCGGGAACACAUGCAUGGAUUGGCACCUAUCAUUCGCUCAAGUAUAUUGAGGGAUAUCAACCCGUCGUCAAUUUUGGCUUGGUGAAUAAGCUGUUUAUGGAGCUUGAUAUGCCAUUGCCUUUAUUCUGGAUGACUGUCAUGCACCAGAAGCGCGAAAACCCGGGUCCGCUGCCUGAGUUAACCGAACAACAGUUGAAAGAUGCGUCGAUGAAUGUGUAUCAGUGCGAACUCUUUAACAGAAUCAUGAAGGGGCUGCGAUUGAAGGCAGCGCCGAUUGUAGUACUUGAGCCAUUUAAUAGAAAGACUCGAAGGGGAAAUUGCUGGGUUUGCGAGAUUGGAAGGGAUAUAGAAUGGGGGAAAACGGCAGCCCUGAUGCGGGUUCCGUACAAUAAUACAUGGAUUACACUUGAGCAGCUCUAUCAAAACGCUGCACUGCCUCUGAAGUGGCCGAACCUUCCCUUGGCAGUGGUCGAGGUCGGCAACAAGUACAAUGUUGUUCCUCUAGAGAUGCUGCGCACCCACGACAGCCCACAAGUCUACAACAAGAUUCUCAACUACAAAGCCCAGCAAAAAUACAUCAAGAUAUCAAUUAACCCGAAAGGCAUUGAAUGUGAAGGUCGCGUCCUUGAGCCACCGAACAUUCAAGCUAAUGACGAGGUGCUGGUGGCCACGAAAGAAGAUCAUCGCGGCUUUAGUCUACAAAAAUUCCUGAGUCCACCACCACAGAUAGUCGAGAUGGCCGUGAUUGUCAUGUCUGACAAUGGCGAGCCUGUUCACCCCCUUGAUAACGUCGAGGAGUUUUACAACCAGCUGGCCGAAAUUUGCGUCAAGCGAGGAGUCGCUAUAUUGGAAGGUCUUCCUACGAAACUUUUCUGGGAUGUUUCUCGAGAUCCUGGAGGUCUGCCUUGUAUCGCACGUACCCUUGCUGACAAGGCAAACAAGGAGUGUUGCUAUUGCGUGCUCAUCUUCGGCGAUCGUGAUUUCGGCAGAUAUGGUCAGAUCAAAGAAGUCAUGGAUUUUCACGGAAUCGUCUCGCAGUGCAUCGACAUAGUUACAGUCAAAAAUUUCAAAGAGAAGCCAAACAAACUUACCAUAUUUUACAACUUGUCGAUGAAAAUCAACCAAAAACUGGGCGGAAUUACGCAUGGACUAGCCGAUGAAGUGGACGGGGAUGAGAUGAGGAAGAAGGGAUUGCUGUUCAUUGAUAAGGAACAUCCUACAAUGUUCAUAGGAAUCGAUGUCACUCAUCCACCUGUGGAAAACAAAAAAGAUCCCGAACUCCGACCGUCUAGAGCAGCUGCUGACGCCCCUCGGCUUAGCAUUGCCGCCUUGGUGACCAACACCAACCUCGAGGCGACGAGGUAUACAACUGAAGUACUACCGCAGUAUGAGAACCAAGAAUGUGUAGUACAUCUCGAAGAGACACGCUUCUGCAACCUUGUGAAUAAGUUUUGCGAGAGUACCGGCACCGUCCCCAAGCAUCUCGUCGUGAUCAGGGACGGUGUUUCUGAUGGCCAACUUAUGCCAAUAGCUUCAGCGGAAUUGAAAUGGAUGAAGGCCACGUGGGAAACGAAAUAUCCGGGUCACCAAAUCACCUUCACUUAUAUCGUCGUCCAGAAGAGGCAUUUUAUUCGAUUUUACCCAAAGAAGAAAGAGGAGGCCGAAGGUCCAAAUGGCAACAUCCCAGCCGGCACGAUCAUUGACACUACCGUAGUCCACCCGGAUAUCUACGAUUUUUAUUUGGCCAGCCAUUAUGGAAACGCGGGCACGACCCGACCGCCUCGCUUUAUCGUGUUGCUGGACGAGUGGAAGCUCGAUGUGGACGAGAUGCAGAAAAUGCUCAACAAUCUGUGCUACAUUUUCGCAAGAUGUGCGAGGCCGAUCUCGCUACCCGCGCCGCUCUACUAUGCUCAUUUGAUUUGCGCACAAGCGAAGGAGCGCUACAGGAGCCUUGUCAUGAAUGACGAAAUCGACCCCCCGCGAAGCAGCAGCGAUUCCAGCCGAGAAGGCGGUGGAAGAGGAAAGAACCAACCAAAGACAGCAGAGGUCUGGGAAGACUUCAUAAAAUUGGGCCAAAAACUGACCUAUAAGGUCGAGGGAAUGCCCUGGCUU